AUGGCCCCCAUCUUGGUCCAACGGGGUCCUCCUGGAGCAACUUGGAAGUACGAUAGGUCGGUGGCGCGCAUAGACUACGCUCUCCACAAAUGGAAGAUGACAGGAGACGGCAUUAGCCGUGGAAUAAAGCCACCAUUUCAGGUGACCCUGUCGACGACUUUUCGGGAAUUGUCAAAACUGGUCACAAAUACAAUCCGAGCUAUAAUGGAGUUGCCAAGGCGGCGACGAAAACUAGAGUUUGGCUACAUUCCUGUCUGACAGAUCGUCUGCCACAAAUGACGAGUAGUACAGCCGUGCCGCCUGUUGUAACGUGAACGCCAGUGACCUUUGUUUAUGCGCGUUCGAAGCCCUGAAGGAUCAGGUCCGUAACCGCCAUCAUUGUUGCUUUUCCCACAUUCACCAAAACUCACCUUAGCUAGUAACUGUACUCAGACCUUUAAUUGUCAGCACUAACAACACACAGUACUCCUUUACUGUCCUUUCUGUUCACUUCUAAUUUUCCCGUAUUCAGAACUGCAACGAUCCAGACAGCCUUGGCCUUGAAUCACAGAACACCCAAGUGGUCUCUGAUUUCCUCAACGAGGUAAUCACUAAUUUUUGCUCCCUCAUGUUGCAUUGUUUUGUUUUUCAAAAAACCAGAGACUGAUCCUUCUACAUAAACGCAGAUUAAUAAGUAGGCCGACCUUCCCGCCUAGCCACCUUCUUAUUCGCGCCUAAAUUUUGUCCCGACUUGGUCUCUGGAGUGUGUCAAGUCCACUAGCUCUAUGGCCACCAGAACUUGAUUUACCAACCUGCUUACUCUCAGUGGCUGUCGGAUUUGACCGUGGCGGAAGCCAUCACUGUCUCUGAAAUGUGCGUGAAACGGAAGACCUCCAAUGCGGAAAUGGCAAUUCGAGCAACGCUAUUGACAAAACGCAAGGAAACAUUUUCACCAUAAGUAGGGCAUAUAGCUAAGGCAGAUCACGAGAAACAGAAACCACCAGAAAACAGAAAACGUUUGUUACGGAGCGUAAUAGAACCUCCUAUGUGUUGCAAAGCUUGCCACGCAAUUUCUGACCUAUUUCUACUUCCAGAUCUAAAAACCCAUCCGAUAACCCUACCACUACCAACGCUGCCAGUAAUACAUUCGACGCCCCUUCCCACGUCAUCUUAAAUGCAAUAGAUUAAGUGAAUUUAAACAACUUAAGAUUGGUGCGGUCUCGUUACCUCAGUUAUCAUCGGUUAUCUGUAGAGGUUGGUGGGGUAAUGACUGAACAGAUGUUUUCCUCCGAUCUACGCCCUGUCACUAAACCACUCUGUACAGAAGGAAUGGAGGAUAGGACGAAGCAAGUUAGCAGCCGGACACGAGAGACGCCGGAGCAGGCGUCAGAUCGCCUUGAGCGCAGGCACGCAUGCGUAGGCCUUUAUGUUGAUUGGCUGAAAACCAGACCGUCAUAGGUACAGUGCGUGACCGAUCUCAUAGAAUGUUGGCCGAAAUUCUGAAAUGCGUUUUCGAUUAGGAAGGAUUGCUUGGGUGAGACUUACAGUACUGAUUACUAUGCGGCACAACCCCAUAGUAUUUUGAACUUGCCAGGAUGUCGACUUUCGAAUGUACUUCUUUUCAACCUCCACAGAAACCACUCUCGGUAAAAAAUGAAUACGUAAGUAGCAAGCAUUUUUCCCAUUGAUUUUCGAUGGUCUUAUAAAUUCGAAUGCACUCGAAAGAAAACACGCACAAAAAUGCCUUCUUUCACUCGUUUGACAGAAAAUCACAUUUUUUUGAAUUUUGUACCCGAAGAAACUGCAUAUUUAGGCUUUGAAAAAGUUUUUAAUUAUGAGAUUUUUAAGACCGUGCGAUGUCCAUAUAUACAGCAUCGCACAUGUCCGUUUACUAAUGCUCCCCAUGAAAUGUACAACACAGCCCGUAUCCAUUGCAGAAUUUUAUGAACUCUAUAUGGUAUCUCCUUAAAGGCAUAGAGGAAUAUAUGAUUUCCCCUACGCAGAAAGCAUGCACCCUGUAGAUUCAAAUCGCUAAACGCUAAUUCGAUGGCAGAUCAGGCGCAAAAUUAUUCGGUAAUUGGGGAACUUUUUUGAAACCUAAAUAUACAAUUUCUUCGGGUAUAAAAUAUGAAGACAAUGUGAUUUUCUACCAAACGAGUAAAAGAAAGCAUAUUUUUAUGCGUGUUUUCUAUAAAAUGCAUUCGAAGUUAUAAGACCAUCGAAAAUCAAUCAGAAAAAUGCCUACUACUUAAGUAAUCAAUUUUUUCCGAGUAUGGUCUCUGCAAGAGGCCAAAAAGUAGUGCAUUCAAAAGCCGACAUCCCGGCGAGUCCGAAAUGUCGUAGAAUUGUGCCGCGUUAUAAUCAAUGUUAAAAUCUUACCUAAGCAAUUCUUCCUGAUCGAAAACGCAUUCCAGAAUUUCGACCAACAUUCCAUGAGAUCGGUCACACACUGUACGCUCGAAAGACGCAGUCUUGCAGCAGGCGCCCGAAGGAGGGUCAGUACAAGAUCUUUACUGUCAAACCCGUUGCUUUGUAUGCUUAUUUAAACCUCCGGUAUCACUAAAAACGGGCAUUGGCUCGAUGUCCGCAAUACGCGAUUUAACUAUGGAAGCCCGUAGGAACCGUGAGGCUAUGAUGGCGCAGUUCUGUUCCGCUCCUACUAGUUUGCUCUUGUCGGGCUUUUUAGAGACCAUUGUUUAUGCAUGUUCGGCGUCUUGAGAGGCCAGGUCUCUAACCGUCAUCUUUGGGGCUUUCUUCUGUCCUCAUCAAGCUCACCUUAGCCGUGAAGCGUACUCAGAUCUCUACUUUAUGUAUGUGGAUGUUCGCCCCCAGUAGUUUGGCGCCAGCUGUUAUUUGAAACAGAGAACAGGCAGGGAUGACAGAGAAGGCGUCUUUACUGUCACUGUGUGUACAUUAACUUUGGAGACUUUCUGUCCUAGGAUCGCAUUUAAGGGCCAAUGCGCUGUUUUAUUCGUGUUUCCCCACUGGUUGACAUGGUAGCCUGAACCCUCUCGUCCCCCAGAUAGUUUUCAUGUCUUUUCACAUUUCUUCUCGCCCCACUUAGGAGAUUACGCCAUGUGCCCCAAAUUGUACUUUUUUGCAUACACCUCUUCCUCCUCUCUGAAACGGCUUCCUUGACACCUCCCAUCGCAGAUUUCAGCUACUGAGAGCGCACAUCUGAUUCUAAGUCCAGAAACCCGUCUGCAUGAAUAGAUUCACCCUCCACCUAACUCGGUAUUGGUCGCCGUUUAAUAGGCCAACAGCGAUGUGUCCAAGUGUUCCGUCUUGACACCUGAAUUCCACACCUUACUCGUCGCUCUUCUGAUGGUGGCAACAGACCUCUUGGCCUGACCAUUUGAUUGAGGGUGGAAAGGCGGUGGAAUCUUGCAUCUCAUCCCCCACAUAUGGAACAUCUGCUAGAAUAUAGCUCGGAUGGGUUGUUUUCUGCGUUGGCAUUCCGUGUCUCGAGAUUAACUGCUCAGUUCUCCGCGCCUUGUUCUCCUCCCGGAGCGUCGGGGCCUUCUUGCCGUUUUGACCACGCAUCCACCACGAUGAGGAACAUCUUGUUGUAGGAGGGUCCAGUGUAGCCCAGGGUUUCAAGGCAUCGACCACAGUUAAUGCAUUUUAGGUCGACUAACUUCAGUCGUUGUUUUGAUGGUCAUACCGACUAUCGUGUUCUAGGUCAUCCGUCUAAAGGCGCGGCGCACUCCUCUCGACGGAUCCUCUUCCUCCACCGGACCCUCCAAAAUGUCCUCAGUUCAGCCCGCCCGACCGGUCGAUGGGGUCUACCGAAUGCCCAACUUCUAA